AUGUAACAAUCAAAAUUAAAUAAAUCAUGCUUGUAACAACAAUCAAUAAAGGUUUAUGUGAGAGUAAGGCCUUUAUUAAAAAAGGAAUUGGGAUAAGAAUGCAUAAUAAAGACUGAUUAGGUAACAAUUUGUUCUAAAGAGAUAGUAAAAAUAUGUAGUGAUAGAGUAAUCAACACAUAUACUGAAACAGGAAUAUGAUUAAGUGUUUGAUGAGUAAGUGUCAUAGGCAGAAAUAUUCAAAUACAUAAGUCCAACAAUUCAUAAGGCAUUAUAAGGAUAUAAUACAACGAUAAUGGCAUAUGGUUAAACUGGAAGUGGUAUUAUUAUGGUUGUUAAACAGGUAAAACUCAUACUAUGUUUGGGAGUGAUUGGGAGUAUUCACUUAAUAUUAGUUUGGGACAUUAAUCGACAUUUAUCGAUGAUUUACAAACAGAUUAGAAUCAUGCAGGUAUGAUACCUAGAACUAUUUACACUUUAUUUAAUAAUUUAUAAUAGGGUUAUUAUGUUUAUUGCUCAUUCUUGUAGAUAUAUAAUGAGAAGAUUUACGAUUUGUUAUAAGAUAAUAAAGUUCCAUAAGCAUUGUAAAUACAUGAAUCUAAAACAGAGGGAAUUUAUGUCGGUAUCAUAUUAUUAUAACAUAAUAGAAUAAUUGACUGAAUAUGCAGUGAAUAAUCUAUAUGAUUGUUUAACAUUAAUGAAGAGAGGAGAAAAAAAUAGGAUGAUUAGAUAAACAACAAUGAAUUUAAAAUCUAGUAGAAGUCAUACUAUCUUUUAAUUAUUGAUUGAAACAAGUAAGGCUGAUUAAGGUGGUUAAUUAUUGAGAUCUAAAAUUAAUUUAUGUGAUUUAGCUGGAUCAGAAAAGAUUAAUAAAUAGGAUUCAAUGAGUAAUGCUCAUCUAAAUGAAUUGAAAAGCAUUAAUUAAUCACUUACGACUUUAGGAAAGGUCAUUUAAAAUUUAUCAUAAAAUAAUAAAAAUAUAAAUAAAUUGCCAAUUCCAUAUAGAGAAUCAAAAAUAACUAGAUUAUUAUAAGAUAGUCUGGGAGGAAAUACAUUAACUAAUAUAUUUGUCAAUGUUGCUCCUAAUAUAUAUAAUAUUGAUGAAACUGCAAAUUCAUUAAAGUUUGCUCAAAGAGCUCGAAAUAUUACUUAAAUAGUUUAAGCAAAUUCAAUUAAUGCAACAGAUUAAGAAUUGGUUAAUAAAUUGUUAAAAGAGGUAUGAUGAUAAUUUAAUUAAAAUUAGAUAGACUAUUUAAAACAGUUACUUAAUAUGAAGAGAAAAGGAUUGAAUAGUAAUGAUAUGCAUUUUAAAUUAAUGAAAAUCUAAGAGGAGAAUGAAAGGUUAAGAUAAGCUAAUUUAUCAGUUAAUGAAGUUGAAAAAUUAAUGUAAGAAAAUAGAAAAAUGAGAGAAGAAUUAUAGAAAUUAUAAUCAUAAUCUCAUGAAAAUUCAGAAAGUUCUCAUUUAAUGAAACAUGGAUCUGAAGAAGGAUUGUCAUAAUCAGAAAUGGAUAAAUAAUAUAAUACAUAUUAAUAGACAAAACUCUCGAAUAAUGGUUUAUUAAUAGUGAGUAAUCCAAAUAUGUAAAAGACUGAAGUAACUGUUCGUUAUAAGGAUAGAGGUAAUAAAAUGUAAACUAAAUUGGGAUAUGUUGAGGCAAGUGAUCAAGUGUUAUAGAGAGAAAAAAGAUUAAUGAGUGAGAGGAAGAGAGUAAUUGAAAGAUUAGAACUUCUAGAAUAGUUAUAAUUCAAAAAUAGUCUUAAUUCUUCUUUGCCAUUAAAUGGUAAAAUAUCAAGAUCAUCCAAAAAAAACUCUUAUAAUUUAUUAAAUAGAACUGUUGAAGAAGAACGAACAAGUCUACCAAAAUUAAAGAUAGUAGAGAGGAGACUAAUUUAAUGA